AUGAUCCCUUCAUGGACUCGUGAGGCAAUCAAGAACAAGUAUGCUACGGCAAUGGAUCAAGUGGACGAGUACGAUAUUGAAGGCGGUGACGAGUUAGUCAAGCAGGCCAAAGACGAGAUUAACACCGUACUAGCGGAGUACAUGAGGAAUAAUGGAGAGGUGAUCACCGCUCGUAUUUACGCUAUUCAAGCAGGUCAAGCUUGGUGUCGAAGUAUUGGACGUGACGAUCAGAUUGUUCCGACUGACGAAGAACUAUGGCAAUACGCUGAUACCGAAAGAGAACCUUCCUUUCAAUAA